AUGAAGCGUCGCGGCGCGUUGGCAGGCCGACGCUCGUCCUCUGUUGAACAGCCGCACUCGCUGAAAAGUGCACAGAAACGUUCCCUGCUGCGCUCCGCCGAAUCGCUAAAGGAUUUGCUGAAGGUACGCUCACAAUGCGAGGUUGCCCGAAAGCGAGAGCAAUUCAAAGCAAGCAAAGCAAGUGGCGAACAUCAAGGAGGGCAAAGAUCAAUCUCAGCUCCACCAAGGAAACGAUGGUUUAAAACAAAGGAAAACCCACCCCCAGAAUCGAAUCCCUCAUCCACGUCAACACUUCUCUGCGAUGAGGUGACAAAGCGUUUGAUUUCGGCGAUUGCUUGGUGGCAUGAUAUCCACAGCAACUUGUUGAGACUCAGUUUUGAAGAAGACUCUUUCUCCUCAUCGCACAGCUCUUUACGCUCAUCGAUUUGUGAUGGAAGUGAGGGAGAGGAAGGGGAAAGUGACAAUGAGAACGAGCAACAACUAGGAGACGAAGAGGAUGACAAUCGUUGCACCCCGGAUUCCCCACAACACGAUGCAGCAGAUCUCCGCCGUCUCGCGAUCUCCUCAAAGCAUUCCCUCUCAAAUCCAGAUCUCACCGCCACUCAACUCGAGGAAAUGUUCCCGGAAUUGUCUGACUAUUGGCGG